CGCUGCCAAGUCUUCAGCUUCACAGCUUCCUUCCUGCUUUGCCGCUCAGAGAUCACAUCAUGAUUCGCUGCUAGAGAUUAAAUACAGAACCUUCUCUGACUGGUCUCACUGAGAACUUGUCCGUGGUGCGAUCCAGAUCCACGAUGGUCUUUUUCAUCAUCAGCCGACUGCUUUUGUUGACUCUUCUGCUCCAAGAGACUGAAGAGAACGAAGAGGAAGACGAUUCGGAGCGUUUUGGUGAGUUCUGCCUGCGGAUUCCUGAUGAUUCCCGCUGGACCACCCCCAAACCGGAUCCCCAACCGACCCCAGAGUCAACCCAAACAAACCAACCAAUCAAGCAGCCACGCAGAAAGACCUUAAAACUGAACACCAAGAGAAUCCUGCCCCCUGAUCCAUUUUCAUUUUCUCAAGGCUUCAGUGGAUGUCGGUGCACAACAGAGAAUAUGAAACAGCCAAGUGAAACCUCUGAAGUUAUAGGCAGCACCAGAUGGUUCCCCACUGAAAACUGUAACUCCAUUGAAUACAUUGAGACACUGGCAGAUGGCAGAGAGGUUUGCGUGACUCCAUUCAGCCUGUUAGCAUACUUUAAUGAUUUAUUGAGCUCCUGGUCUAAACCUGCAGCAGGCCCCACUGUAGAAACUCAAAAGGACAAAACAGAGAAUACUCAGCAACGGAUCGAUCUAACUAUCCUACCUCUUCUGCCAGGAAAGUUCAUUGUACAGCAAACUCAUGUAAUGAGCACCCAGAAUUCGAAGAGCAUUGGCUUUCCACUUUGCAGACAUUGCAUGACUUCCUUUACAAUAUCGGACCAAAGGAUCGUACAAUCCCUGGACGUGAAGAUGCAGCCGUUUCCUUGUGACAUCCAUAUUGAAGUCAACAUGACAGACGGUGCGGUUUUUUGUUUGGACUUGAUCAACUUUGAACAAGAUUUGCAGAGGUGGAAAAUCUCCCUGCCACUUGAAGAUGAUGCUGCCAGCGCACCAAAAAACACUGCUGGAUGUCGCUGCCAAGAGGAAGCAAAGAAACCUCUCAGUGAAACUUCCCCGAUCGCCAGUGCAAGCAUUUGGCCUCCAAGUGAAGGAUGUAGCUCAACUGAAUUCAUUGAGAUGCUGAAAGAUGGCAGAGAGGUGUGCGUGGCUGCAUCAAGCAUUUCAGCGUAUCUUAAAACUCUUCCAGAGAAACGCCUCUUGGGAGCUAAAGAUCCUCUUCUCGAUCCUCCUCGAAAGCCUCUUCCACCUCUUAUUGUAGAGCCUGACCCUGUAUCGGGUCAAAAAAUGGCCCAGGAAUUGCCAGACAGAAGAGGACCAAUACCAAGCACUGUAGGAAAUUCCUGCGAAGUCUGCCAAUCCCCUAUAAAGUGGACCAGCAUUCACCCAAACGCUGUACAGUCCCUGGACAUGCUUGUGCCUUCACCUGGCUGUCCUGUCAUCAUCCUGAUACGUCUGACAGAUGGAACGAAUUUCUGUGCCGCCUCGUCCGAGCCGUGGUUCAAGGCUCUGAUGGAGAAGCUGGACAUUUAAGCUCACUAAGGAUGUUUGUCUUUGAUGCUAGACUGGUUGGGAUUUAUGAUCAUCCAUCCAGUAGGCUGUAAUAGCUUUUAGCGAACAUAUUCUGCUUUUAAAUAUACUGCUAACACAUCUAUGCAUAUGUAGCUUUAUUCAUGUUUUUGGCUAAAUAGUGAGUAUACAGCAUAAAAUAAAUGCAAUAUUACUUUAAUGUCAAACAAAAAUCAAAAAUGUAUCACCUUACAGCAUUUGAGUUCAUUAUGAGUUGAACAACCUGGUCCUUUCUUGUAUGUAAAGUUAAAAAAUAAACAGUUUAUAUUUUCCACCUUAACAAUUCAGACCCCAUAGUAGAAACUCAAUGCAACAAUAUUCACUUUCAUUACUUCCAAUACAU